AUGCUUUCUAACAUAUGCCUGUCUGUGACCUUAAAACUUUUAGGGAAGGGGCGCGACGCAAUCGUAAUUCCACGCGGACCCGUGCAGGCUAAAGGUCUUCUUCUGUCAUGCAUUCGAGAUCCCAAUCCAUGUAUUUUCUUCGAGCCAAAGGUUCUUUAUCGACUGGCGGCUGAAGAGGUACCCACUGGGGACUAUAUGAUUCCACUAAGUAAAGCAGAUGUUGUCAGAGAAGGUAUGUCAUUUUUUCAGAAUAUGUUGUUACAGUUAAUUCGCUUAAGAACGCGGAUUUUAUGCUGUUCUCACAACCUCUUUUGCAUCUUGCUGAUACUCAGUUGUCAGUAGUU